AUGACAAAAACACAAACCGACUCUUCUUCGUCAGCUUCAAAGAAAAAACGAGAUCUUUCUGAUCUUGACACCCGUCUCGGAUUCUUAUCUGCUGCACAACCUGAAAAGCAUCCUCGGAUAAUUAGACUAGAUGUGCCCUUUCUGCAGCCUGAAAACAAUGUCGUUUAUUUUCCCGAACUACUUCGAGAGGAAGGUUUGGAACCACCAACACCAAUGAAGAAAUUUCCGUCAGACUCAGACACACCCGUGUCUGAAUCGGACGCUACCCCUCCUCCUUCGCCUGGCUCCAAAACCCCAGAUCGUUCUCUUCCUUUGCCGGCAGAUUCACCAUUCGGAUCACCCUCGGCGUCAGGAACGCACGAGAGUGAUGCAUUUUUCAAUAGGUUGUUGGAAAACGCGGAAAGAAGGGAAAAAGAUGAGCGAGCGAAAGCCGGGUCAGAAAAGCCGCAAAAACGUCCUAGAACCGAAAUGUACGAUAUGAGUGAUCCCUUUAUCGAUGACAGCGAUCUGGUACCUUCUCAGCGCCAAGCUAGGAAAGUGCGACCAAAACUAGAUGGAUUUUUUGUUUGGAAGGGACCCUUGACAAAGAAUGAUUUAGAAAUGCUAGAUAGCGAGGGAAAGCCAAAGAGAAGAGUCAGAGCUAAAUGUACAACUUCGCCUGAAGAGUCUAAGGAGCCUCGUCCCCGCAAGCGCGUUACCAAGAAAGCAGAUAGUACUACUUCUGAACACAAGCUCGCGGCGCCCUCCGCGUGUAAGCAAAAGAAAGAUAAACCUUCAACUGAUUCGGAAAAGAAAACACAGAGCUUGAUAACAAGAUUCGUUUCAGCGGCUGGAGGCAAUUCACAGAACCAAACGGGCGAGGCUAUAAUUGAUUUUGAUGAACCAUCUACUCCACCAGAAAAUGUGGAUGAUUCUGAACCCAGGACUCCCGUUGAAAAUAAGUUUCAGACUGAUGUUAUGAAGACACCUGGGAAGAGAAAGAAGACAUAUGUGGUGCAAUCCCUCCCACUAGAGCUUCAAUCAGCUGUUGAAUUGUUUAAAGAAGCGAUUACAAAAGAGAGUUUUGAGAUAAAGUCAAAAUUUCCUGUAAAUUUAAAGCCAACCCUACUCGAUGCAACGGCAAAGGCGUACGGAAUGGGAUUGUUUGACGAGAACUUUUUCAAAACCCUGACGAAUUUACUGCCUUAUAAUAAAUUCACUGUCACGCGCCUGUGUAAACGCACUCUAUUUCCAAUGAAAAUACAAGAGUUGGAGCAGACGAAAGAACAACUAAUAGCCGACUUGAGAGUAGCAAUUGAUACAACAAUUCCUAAUCUUAUCAAACGAUAUAACGAGCAACUUCGUUCGGAGAAUUCUUUUAAUUCAGAUGGUUGUGGCAAUUCUCCUUCGAAGACUGCAACGUCUACGCCGCCGAAUGGAAACACAACACACAAUGCAAUGUCAGUUGACGCCAUAAUUGAUAAUGACGCAAAUGACAUUGAUGUGGAUGCUGGAGAGGGAAGCGAUGAUAGAAGUGACGGUUUUGGAAAAUUGAGCAAAAAGUUCAAGUGGGAUGAUGCAACAAAAUCUCUUUUGUGGAAGGUUAUAAAAAUCGAAAUGGAUUUGACUGCAAUGCAGAAUGAACUAAAUGAGGCAGAAGAGAAGUCAGAGCGAUUAUCGGAACAAACUAUGCGAAAGCGAUUAUAUCAACGGCUUCUCUCUUUCUGGCCACCGGGAUGGAUAACUUCAUACGAUAUCUCACGUGUAUACAGCGCCUUUAAACGAAAACUUAAAGUUACUGAACAGGGAAGUGACAGGACAUAA